GAAAGUGGGGCGGGGGCGGGGCUAUAACAUCUACGUCUCGGUUACCUGAGCGACGGUCGGGCCUGCCUGAGUUUGUGAAUUUUUCCACCAUGAGCAAAAGGAAAACGAAGGACAGCAGUUUAUCACUGGGAGAGUGCAUUGCUGAGGUUCACAUGAUAUUGAGAACACGAUUCUGCCACCAUCUCCCCGGUAAACCAUUUGGAGUAGAAACUCAAUACAAAAAUUUGAUGGAUCUUCUAAAACAAACAGCUAUUCAUGGAGAAAGCAACUCUCUCCUAAUUGUCGGUCCCAGAGGAUCAGGAAAAACGAUGCUGCUGAAAAGUGUAUUAAAAGAGCUGAAGGAAAUGAAGCAAGUUGAUGAAAAUCUUCUGCAAGUGCACUUAAAUGGUUUAUUACAAACAGAUGACAAGAUUGCAUUGAAAGAAAUCACAAGGCAGCUUCAGCUUGAGAAUGUUGUGGGAGAUAAAGUUUUUGGGAGUUUUGCUGAAAAUCUUGCUUUUCUUCUGGAGGCAUUGAAAAAAGGAAACCGCAGCAGUACUAGGCCUGUGCUUUUUAUUUUGGAUGAGUUUGACCUCUUUGCUCAUCACAAGAAUCAGACGUUGCUUUAUAACCUGCUUGAUAUUGCUCAGGCAGCCCAGACACCUGUAGCUGUAGUGGGUCUAACGUGUCGACUGGAUGUUUUGGAACUACUAGAGAAGAGGGUGAAGUCCAGAUUUUCUCACAGACAGAUUCAUUUGCUGAAUGCAUUUAGCUUCAGGCAGUAUAUGGAAGUUUUCCAGCAACAAUUUAGUUUACCGAAAGAGUUUCCUGAUUGGACAUUCGCACAAGAAUGGAAUCAAAAUAUUGAGUCACUGUGCAAAAACAAGACUGUGGUGGAUGUUCUACAGAAGCAUUUCAAUUCCAGUAAGGAUUUCCGUUCCCUGCAUAUGUUAUUGAUGUUCGCUCUUAGUCAUGUGACCAUUUCCAAGCCAAGUAUCCAAUCAAUGGAUCUUCUGGAUGCCAGCAGAUUGUACACAAUGGAUUCCAAAGCAAAUAUACUACAUGGUCUGUCUGUGCUGGAACUCUGCCUAAUUAUUGCCAUGAAGCACUUGAAUUCCAUUUAUGAAGGACAGCCGUUUAACUUUGAAAUGGUUUACAAUGAAUUUCAGAAGUUCGUACAAAGGAAAACAAAUUCUAUGCAUUACUUUGAGAAAUCAGUAGUUUUGAAGGCAUUUGAACACCUGCACCAGUUGGAGUUGAUUAAACCAAUGGAAGGAGCAUCAGUCCGAACCCAGAAAGAAUACCAGCUGAUGAAACUACUGCUGGACAGCAGCCAGAUCAUGGACGCACUGCAGAAGUAUCCAAAGUGUCCCACAGAUGUCCACCUCUGGGCAACAUCGGCCCUGGAAUAAAACCACUUGCAAUCAGAAUUUAUAAAUCAAGGAAUUUGUAUAUGUAUAUAUAUUCCUAGCAGAAAAAUAAUAAAUUUUUAUAGCAGUAAUUUGAAAA